CAAGAGGUUUCAAAAGAACGCAAAACCAUGAAGAUCAGAUAUUUUGCCCUUCUCUGUGCCCUCAUUGUGUUCUCCCAAUUGCUACAAGCUGACUGUGAGAGUCAGAAGGAGAGUAGAAAAGAGAGGGCAAAUUCUGGAAAAGGUGGAAGGACACAGCCUGGAUCUGAUAACCAGAAUAAAAGGGGUCAGAAAAACCGAGGAGAAAAAGGUUCCCUUAAAGGCAAGUUUACCACUAAAGAAAAGUCUGAGUGCACCUGGACACUAAAUGAAGCAGAGACGGCUACCUUGAAAGUUGAUUGCAAAAGAGAAGAAAACACCUUCUCCUGUGAAUUUUCAGGCAAUCCUUCUACUUGUGCACAGUAUGGAAAAAACCAGAAAGCCUUUUGGAAACAAAUUACUAGGUCUCUAAAGAAGCAGAGGAACAUAUGUAAAGAUCCAAAGAGCACCUUAAAAUCUAGACUCUGUAAGACAGGGCCACCGACAGCUCAUCUUAGACUGGUAACACGAACAUCACAAGAUUCCAAACAAGAGGAGACAGUUCACCAUGGAAGGGAAACCUCUCGGUCACCAGCGCCUCCCGUAGCAUCAGAGAAGCAGCCCGGGAGAGAAUCCAGUGACUGCGUUGAAGAAGCUGAUUAUGUGGACCAGAAGAAGGUGGCUGAACAACACUGUUCAGAGUCAUGGCUGUCUCUUUGCCACUUCUUUGUUUCAAUGGUACAGGAUAAAAAGUGCAAAUAGGAAUGCAAGAAUUUGACAAAGUUCCUUGACUUAUUACAGGCACAACGGUAUCUCAAGUAGUAGAAAUCAUUGUAAACAGCAACUAGCUUUCCUGGAAGCUUAUUUUGAGGAGAGCAUAGAGGGUGAUUCUCCCAUCAUCAUCAGAAUGGAGUUCUGACAAAUCCCAUUACUAUAGCGACUGAUCCAACCGUACCCCUUCUUUUCGCCAUAUAACUGGGGGUGUGGGGGAGUAAUAUGAUACAAUUCCAGGGGACAGAUUUGACGGAGGGGCCACCAGCUGCCGAUGUCUACAUCAUAACGUGCCAUAUGUAAGGGAAACUAUAAAAUUAGUGUUUAAAAGGUCUUCUCAGACUUUCAUUUUGUUUUCUCCAGAAGACACUGUUCUUCAGAUGAUAAAGAUGCAAUGCAUUUUAUUUUCCUACAGAGAUGAAUCAGUUUCUAUAAUGUGCUAUACAAAUGUUACCUUUGGAUGUUACAAACUCUCUGUAAAAAUGUAU